CCUGUCUAUCCCUGCAGACUCUUUGGCCGGUUGCUAUGACCACCGCAGAUAGGAGCCAGUCUAUCCCUCCAGACUCGUUGGCCGGUUGCUAUGGCAGCCGCAGACAGGAGCCCGUCUAUCCCUCCGGAUUCGUUGGCCAGUUGCUAAAGCUGCAGUAUGGCAAAAUGCCCGAACUUCUUUUUACACUGUACGUAGCGAUACAUACUGGAGAAAUAACCCACCCACGCGUCUCCUCUCCUUACCUAGCCCUUUUGUUAGUGAAACGGGGUAUCUCUACUGUUUUGUUUGUUUGUUUGUUUCUGGACUGCAUGCCUUCAGAAAACCUUUGGGUCUGAACUGAUUCAUGGGCUCCAUUCCCCAUCCCCGGCACAGCAUGCACCACAAAAAUCACGGAUCCACGGCUUCCUGGCCACUCCAUGGCCCAAAAACGUGGUUCUGAAGCAUGGAUCCUCACGCUUUUUGCACUGAGCCGCCCCAAACUCACCAUCAAAUCACACAUCAUGUCCAGGGGCACAGCCUGCGCCACAAAAAACUCGGAUCCACGGCUUCCUGGCAACUCAAUGGCCCCAAAACGUGGUUCUGAAGCACGGAUCCUCAUGGAUCUUCACGCUUUUUGCAUUGGGCCAACCCAAAUGCACCAUCACAUCACACAUCAUAGCCAGAGGCACAGCCAGCACCACAAAAAACUCAGAUCCACGGCUUCCAGGCCAUACCGUGGCCCAAAAAUGUGGUUCUGAAGCACGGAUCCUCAUGGAUCCUCAAGCUUUUUGCAUUGGGCCAACCCAAAGUCCGUCAAAGCACACAUCAUGACCAGGGGCACAGCCUGCACUACAAAAAACUCGGAUCCACGGCUUCCGGGCAACUCCAUGGCCCAAAAACGUGGUUUUGAAGCACGGAUCUGCAUGGAUCCUCACGCUUUUUGCAUCGGGCCACCCCUAUCUCACCAUCAAAUCACCUGGCAACUCCAUGGCCCAAAAACAUGGUUCUGAAGCACAGAUCUGUAUGGAUCCUCACGCUUUGCAUUGCCCCCCCAACUCACCGUCAAAUCAUACAUCAUAGCCAGGGGUACAGCCUGCACCACAAAAAAAAAACAAAAAAUGUCUUCAUCAGCAUCCAGUGUUGGUGCAUAAGUGCUUAUAAUAGUAGCCUGUUGGUUUUUUGUGAGCUUUAUCCGAAGGGUUGAGAGUCGCUCAUUAAUUCCAGUAGGAACUUCUGACAGGAGCUUCACAAGGUCGUUUUUCAUAGCGAAGCCUACCCCAUGUAUUCAGUGUUCUUGUUCUGAUAGACCUUUCCAGAAUAAUGUGUAGCCUCCUUUUUCUUCCUUCAGUUGUCCCUCGCCUGCUCUUCAAGAGUCUUAAAGCACUGCACUAUCAAUGUUAAAACGUCACAGCUCUCUUGCAAUGAUGGCAGUUCUGCAUUUAGGACGUACGCUGUCUGUGUUAUCUGACAAAGUCCAUAUAUUCCAUGUUCCAAAGUUCAACUGUAUUUUAUGACCCCUGGGUGGUGACCGCACUGGGCACGGUAAUCCAGUCAGGAAAAAAGGGAGGCAGACUAUGUUUAGGGCACCGUUUCAAGCCCCUCCCCCUUUUCGGGGCGAGCAGAAUGGAUCCUAAUAAGGGCUUCUCAGUCAUGGAUACAGCUGCCGAGCUGCUCAACUGCCUCGUUCCUUGAGUCAGAAUGACUGAAUCUGUAUCCACCACCCAUGUGCUGGUUCAUGACUAGGGGCUUCCAGAUUUCACUUUCCUGCCUCCGUAACCAUUUGCUGAUCACCAUGGCACUUUGGGGGAUUGGGUUGGGGUUUUGGAAGACACCUGUGUGUGAAUUUGUUUUAUGUGUGUAGAUCAGUGCACGCUGACCAACGCACAGUCUUCGCAGUAGGGCUGUGUUCUGAUGACAUGAGUAGUCACGACGAACUGGUGGAUCCUAUCUGCUACAGCCUUCAUUCGCCUUCACAGCCAUUGUAACACACCGCUUGUUAUCAUCCACCUGUUCUGCCUUUGAGGACUUCUUGGAUCAUUCUUUGCCUAGCUCCUUCCCUGUUAUGUACUAAGCUUGGAUCCUAGAACAAUAGGCAAGUAGGAUACUAGAAUGCAACAACUGAUUGGCUUGCAGGAAAAGACCAAUCAGGCUCCAGGAGGGAAGCAGAAUCAGCCAAUCAGAUGCGUAAAUAUUAUUGUGUAAAUAAUGUAUAUAAAAGCCUGAGGUUUUGGGGGAAAAUCAAUCAAUGUUUUACAAGCUGCAAUAAAGAGCAUGAAAUCACUACAGAACUCUGAGUAGAUUUCAUUUUCUUUGACCUUACCGCCGUGGGUGACCCUGCUGGGAGUACAAGAUUCCCAACGGCUUCGCUCACAAGAGUCUUACGAAUGUGCAAGCCCACUCACCACGACAAGUGAGAGAACUGAGAUAGCUUGCACUGAGCCCUGGUCCCAUUAGACAAAACGUUCCACCAAAAAGGCUCUGGCUCUGGUUGAGGACAGCUGGAUAUGUUUUGGGCCAGGGACCACCAGUAGGUUGCUGUUAGAUGAGCAUCACACUCUUUGGGGGGUGUAUUGGAAGAUAAUUCCCAUAGAUAAGAAAGGUCACAGACUGUUUAGGGCUUUAAAGGUUAGCACCAAAACCUUUAACCUGAUUCAAUACUCCACCUGCAGCCAAUCCAGCUGAUGAACAACCAGCUGAAUGUGGGCUCUCCACAAAGUCCAAGUAAGAACUCAUGCAUCUGCAUUUUAGACCCUGUGGAGUUUUGGAGCAGUCUCAAGGGUAGCCCUGCGUAUGUAUGUAUGUAUGUAUGUAUGUAUGUAUUUAUCAUCUAUCACAGGCGUAGAACAAGUUAAAAUAGUCUAGUCUGCAGGUGACUGCUGCAUGGAUCACCAUGGCUAGGUUGGAAAGGGACAGGUAUGGUACCAAUCGCCUAACCUGACAUGGAUUAAAAAAUGCCAGUUUGGCUACAUUUGUGACCAAUGCCUCCAUAGAGACAGAAGUGUCCAGGAUCACACCGGGACUCCUGAUGGCGGCUACAGGUGACUAUUGUGCCCCAUGAAGGGCUGGGAGCUGGCAAACAGAACCGAAACUAUUCCGGCCUAGCCAUUGGACCCCCAUCUUUAAUGGAUUGAGAUUCAGCCGACUACGUUUCCUUCAUCCCAGCACACCCACCUAAAAACUGACCAAUAUAUUAAGGGUAGCAUCUGGCCAGGGCCACGAAGCAGUAGAUCCAUGAUGCUUGUGGUCAGAUCUGUGGUUAUGUACAAUAUAUUUGAAUAAAGGGUGAAUUUGGGGUUCCCCAAUGCAAAAAUAGUGACAAUCCAUGAGAAUCCGUGCUUCAAAACCACGUUUUUGGGCCAUGGAGUUGCCAGGAAGCCGUGGAUCCGAGUUUUUUGUGGUGCAGGCUGUGCCCCUGGCUAUGAUGUGUGAUUUGACGGUGAUUUAGGGGUGGCGCAAUGCAAAAAGCGUGAGGAUCCAUGAGGAUCCGUGCUUCAAAACCACGUUUUUGGGCUUGGUAUGACCAGGAAGCCGUGGAUCCGAGUUUUAGGUGGUACAGGCUGUGCCCCUGGACACAAUGUGUGAUUUGACGGUGAGUUUGGGGUGGCACAAUGCAAAAAGCGUGAGGAUCCAUGAGGAUCCAUGUUCAAAACCACGUUUUCGGGCCACGGUGUCGCCAGAAAGCCUUGGAUCCGUGAUUUUUUGGGUGCAGACUGUGUCCAUGGCCAUGAUGUUUGAUCUGAUAGUGACUUUGGUUCAAAAAUCAUGAGGAUCCAUGAGGAUCCGUGUUUUUUAACCAUAUUUUUGUGCCAUUGCAGCCCCACGAAACAGUGGGUGCAUGAUUUUUUUGAUGCUGCCUAUAGAGUAAAAAAGCCAAUGCAAUUCUGGGCUGCAUCAAUAGGAGUAUAGCAUCUAGAUCAAGGGAAGUAAUAGUGCCACUGUAUUCUGCUCUGGUCAGACCUCACCUGGAGUACUGUGUCCAGUUCUGGGCACCACAGUUCAAGAAGGACACUGACAAACUGGAACGUGUCCAGAGGAGGGCAACCAAAAUGGUCAAAGGCCUGGAAACGAUGCCUUAUGAGGAACGGCUAAGGGAGCUGGGCAUGUUUAGCCUGGAGAAGAGGAGGUUAAGGGGUGAUAUGAUAGCCAUGUUCAAAUAUAUAAAACGAUGUCACAUAGAGGAGGGAGAAAGGUUGUUUUCUGCUGCUCCAGAGAAGCGGACACGGAGCAAUGGAUCCAAACUACAAGAAAGAAGAUUCCACCUAAACAUUAGGAAGAACUUCCUGACAGUAAGAGCUGUUCGACAGUGGAAUUUGCUGCCAAGGAGUGUGGUGGAGUCUCCUUCUUUGGAGGUCUUUAAGCAGAGGCUUGACAACCAUAUGUCAGGAGUGCUCUGAUGGUGUUUCCUGCUUGGCAGGGGGUUGGACUCGAUGGCCCUUGUGGUCUCUUCCAACUCUAUGAUUCUAUGAGUAAGACAUGAUCUACAGUAUCAUGGUGGUUUUAUUUAAUUUGAAUGAAAAAAUCAUAUGAAUUCAUGUGAAUCCGCUUAAAAUCAGCUGGAUCCGCCUUUUACCCUUUUCCCUAUGGGGGAUUGCUUGUUCUGUGUGUGAUUUCUACAGCUACAGAAGGCACCAGCAAGAUGCAAGUGAGAUGGUAAUGUUUAUGAGUAUAGGAUUGCAGAGAAGGUGUUUAAAAAAAACCCAACAACAUACUGUAUUAAGAAUGUGUCAAAAGUGCUGUGCACACAUAAAUUGACAGGAAAGAGGGCUGCCACACAUCCAGAAUUUCCUGACAUGUGGGAUAAUGCAGGCGGCAGCAGUGUCCAGUCCAAAAUCGGGAAAUGUCUGAGAAAAUCCAGAUGCAUGGUAGCCCAUGUCAGCCGUGCUGUUUUUGCAAUUUUUCCAAAAUGGGCUUUUUUAUUUUUCCCAAAAAGUUCAACAACUUUGGGCAAAACUAAAAAAAAAAGCUUUUCCCGGAUUUUCACUGUUUGAAAUAUGGCAACCCUACAGGAAAAUGAAGCAGAUAGCAAAAAAAAAGUAAAAGAAAUUGUUUAAAAAUUAAAAUUACAAUAUAUGGCGGAUAUUGCAGUAUGUGAUUUAGGAAUAUGAGUUCCAAGGAAGGGCAGGGAAGUCUUUCUUGGAACUAAGGGGGGUGCUGUCGGAGAAAAAGUACAGAAAUUUUAAAAUUGAAGGGCUAAGGGCUAAACAAGUGAAUGUGUGAGAAGGGCUAAACAAGUGAAUGUUGUGUUUGCAAGAGAACCACAAGAGAAGGACAGCAACAGGAGCUGUUGCUAUAACUUUUGAGUACAAAGGAUGGAGGGAAAGAUAAGAAAGUUGCUAUGUCUUGUGAUUAAACCAGUAGAAACUGGUCUAUGGAAGUACUGCCCUAAAUGGGCACAACCGCUCCUUUGCUUCAAAGUGUAUUAUUAUUUAUAAAACGUGUAUGCUACCCUUCAUCUGAGGAUCUUAGAGUGGUUCACAUCAUAAAAACACAAAAUGAGAACACAAAAUACAUAAUGAAACAAAAACAAAGUAUAUAAAUGUUUCAUAUUUUGGGUGCCACCCUUCAACUACUUGCUGUUUGAGGUUGUGUCGCACCAGCCUUGCAACACCUAAAUAAACAUCCCGUUUGACUGACAAUUGGAGUCAAGGCUGAACUCACAGGGUAUUGGGGGUGGAACCCAAAUCUUUCUCCUACAACCUUUAAGUUGCUCUGGGACAAGGAAGCCUGCUUACCUUUUCUUUGUGUUUGAUGGAACAUGAUAUACUGUAUUUUUCCAUCUAUAAGACGCCCCCAUGUAUAAGACAGCCCCUAUUUUUGCGGCAACAACCAAUUGCCAGUCCACCAUCAGCACUAUCCGUGUAUAAGACGCCCCCUACUUUUUGACAUGGAAAAAUACAGUAUUUCUUUGACUUCUCUCUGUUCCCAAGCCAUCCUCUCAGACAUAGUUGUCGGAGAAGCCAUCAGGGACAGGAAUCUUGAGCAGGGACAGGUGAAAGGGGACAAUGUCCUUACCAUCUUGGACACAUACGAACUCUUGAUGGAGCAAUAGGACAAGUCAUGAACGACACAGCAACCCUGGACAACAUCACUUUCUCUUCAGGGGGCUUAGUUUUCAUAUCCUUGGCUAGGCCCAAAUGAGUGUGGCUUGUCAGAGGGGCCCCAGGGUUGUGGAGACUCUUUUCAGUCUUGCAUGCUUCUACUUUUCUACUUUCUGUUUUCAUCUCAGAGUCACUGUGACACGUUUUCAGCUUUUCCACAAGUUCUGCAUUCUUCCCUGUAGCACAAAAUCCCAACAUCUUACCCUGUUGUGCCUUUUGGAAAACAACAGCAGUAGGACUAACAAAAUUAAUUAUUUGGUGUGGAUUAUCAUUAGUUCCUUGAGCUCAUUCAGUUCUCCAUGCGUACCCUUGUGACAGAAAAGGCUGACUGCAAACGGUUGACUGGCAACGGCAUCUGAUUGGCCAGAGUUCUGGGGGAGGGAUAUGAUUGGUUUGGAGCAGUUUCAGGUUUGGAGAGGUUUCAGGUGGGAGAGGGGGUGAAGGGGUUCAUUUUUCUUUUCUUUUUAUAGUAUUUUUAUUAUGUUUUCAACAAAAGUAACAAAAACAAAAAAGUGAAAAACAAACAGUAAGAAAUGCAAUAACAUCCAUAAACGAAGAAAAUUAUACAUAAAACCAUAUCACUUCCAUAAAGUGGGAUUCUCUGAAUCCCAUGACUUCCCUCCCCGCCCUCCAUUUCUGGUUCCCUAAAUUUCUUAUCAGCUGCAUAUCAUUUCUACUCCAAAUUUUACUAACCUCAGAUUUCCUAUACUAUUUCUAAAAUAAUAAGCGCUCUUAAAAUCCUGCCAAUGUAUUUAUCUGUUUACAAUACCUUUGCAAAUACAGUGGUACCUUGGGUUAAGUACUUAAUUCGUUCCGGAGAUCCGUACUUAACCUGAAACUGUUCUUAACCUGAAGAACCACUUUAAUUAAUGGGGCCUCCUGCUGCCGCCGCACCACCGGAGCCCGAUUUCUGUUCUCAUCCUUAAGCAAAGUUCUUAACCUGAAGCACUAUUUCUGGGUUAGCGGAGUCUGUAACCUGAAGCGUAUGUAACCUGAAGCGUAUGUAACCUGAGGUACCACUGUACAUAAUAAACAUUUCCCAUUCUUUUUUAAAUUUCUUGUUAUCUUGAUUUCUAAACUUUCCAGUUAAUUUUGCCAUUUCAGCAUAGUCCAUUAACUUGGUUUGCCGGUCUUCUUAUUCUUUCCAUUUUGGGGCUAACAGUAUUCAGGCGGCCGUCAUAGCAUACAGUGGUACCUCAGGUUACAUACUAGCCAGGUGAGGAAGGGGUGCCCACGCAUUCACCCUCCAGCACGGAGCAGCUUCCUUUGUCAGACUAGCAACCAUGCUUAGGUGGUACUUGGGACCCUUGCCUGGCUAAUUCAACAAAUCUCUCUCAUCACCAAUGAUAAAUAUAUAGAAAGAGAACCUACCCAUCUGAUAAAGACACAAAAACCUAGCACAUACAGGAUGUAAAAGAAUGAAAGUUUGCUACUCCUCUCUCUGCCCUGUUUUCUCUCCCCAUUUCUCUUCUCCAACCUUAUACUGUCUGCAAUAUUAAUGUUUCACAUAAAAUAUAACUGACCUGUAGAAAGGACUUUAUUACUGAAAACAAAGAUUAUGUAUGUAUUUUUGUAACCCAGGAAAAACCUUUAAUAAAAACAUUUUUAAAAACAGUUUUUUAAAAAACAAAUGGAAUUCUUCAUUAGAUUUUAAUGCUUGUAGACUGAAAUAUACUCAGAGUCGCAAAGUGAUUUCAUGCUCUUUAUUCAGCUCAUAGUGGUGAGGAGGAAUUAAUGAAUGUCCCCUCAAAGUAUCUGCUUUAUUUACAUUAUUUACACAAUGGGCUGCACAUGAUUGGCUAAUUCCGGAAUUCUACUGUAAGCCAAUCAGGUUGUGGAUUCGCUUCUAUCUGGAGAAUGAUUGGGUGGUUCCUGCCAACCAAUCAUACUGCUGCAUUGUUCUAGGACCAUUCAGACUGCUGCAUUCUGAAUCCUAUUCAACUCAGUACAUAACAUAGACUAACCUCCCCAAGCUCACAACAAUAUGUUUUGUGUACUAUUCUGAAAAGCAUCUCAAAGCUUGCCCAGACCAGUUUGUACAGUACUAGUCAGCCAGGAAAAUUGUCCAGUGCAAUGGAGUCUGAGGUCUUGGGCCACAUUCUUCUUUCCAAGAGCUCUGCAGGGCACCCUACUUGCAGACACAACAAUCAAUGCCUUUCUGUUAUCUUGGUGCUUAGAAUCAAAACAGAGAGGAAAUGUGUUGCCCUGUUAAGAAAGAAAUGGUUGGCAUGUGUAUCUAGGAUACAAUAAAGUUUAAGUUAAUAAAGGGUUUUAAAAUCACGUAAUUUGGAUUUCUCUGUAUAAAGCUUGGGUAAAAUACAAUUCUUAAUUGUAUUUCACUAUUAAUAUACUUAAGGGAUGCGGGUGGUGCUGUGGGUUAAACCACAGAGCCUAGGACUUGCCGAUCAGAAGGUCGGAGGUUCGAAUCCCCGCAACGGGGUGAGCUCCCGUUGCUCGGUCCCUGCUCCUGCCAACCUAGCAGUUCAAAAGCACAUCAAGUACAAGUAUAUAAAUAGGUACCGCUCCUGCGGGAAGGUAAAUAGCGUUUCCGUGCACUGAUCUUGUUUGCCAGAAGUGGCUUAGUCAUGCUGGCCACAUGACCCGGAAGUUGUACACCGGCUCCCUCGGCCAAUAAAGCGAGAUGAGCUCUACAACCCCAGAGUCAGUCAUGACUGGACCUAAUGGUCAGGGGUCCCUUUAUCUUUACCUAAAAUACAAGGAUUUGUUAGAACCCAAGACACCGUGGUGGCUGUCUCCCUUGGAUGCCAUCUCUGUAAAUGUAUAUAUAUAUAUAUAUAUAUAUAUAUAUAUAUGGAAAAUUUUUGAAGAAAUUAGACAACACUGCAUCGAUCGGCUAUAAUAUCACCAAUCAAAUGAUGUAUUUAAAUUAGAUAAAAAGGUGGGUUUUGAAAAAGAAGAAUCUAAAUUACGAAAAGAGUUAUUACAAAAUACAAGGAAAUUAUUAUCAAAAACAUAUGAUUUGUUGUUGGAUUGGGAAUUAAAGGAUAAGUAAAAGAGGUGAUGGUAUAGUGGACCCAAGAUGUCGGACACCCCAUCCAGAUGAAUGGGAAAAAUUGUGGAAAAAAGAUAUAAGAUUCACAGCCUGUUGCACAAUAAGAGAAAACCUCAUGAAGAUGAUGUAUAGGUGUACAUGACCCCAGGUAAAUUAGCUAAAAUCUACAAAUUAAAAACCAAUACUUGCUGGAGAUGCAAGAUAGGGGAAGGUACGGUGUGGUGGGGAUGUGAGAAGAUCAAAAGGUUUUGGAAUAUGGUGUAUGAUGAACUUAAAAAGAUGUUCAAGAUAACCUUUGAGAAAAAUUCGGAAGCAUUUGUAUUAGUUAUUUUAUCAAUUAACAUCCCCAAUGACAAGAAAAAGGUGUUCCUUUAUGCCACUGCUGCCGCCAGAAUAUUAACUGCUAAGAACUGGAAAGGGGAAAUACAGUGGUGCCUCGCAAGACGAAAUUAAUUCGUUCCGCGAGUUUUUUCAUCUAGCGAAUUUUUCGUCUUGCGAAGCACGGUUUCCCAUAGGAAUGCAUUGAAAUUCAAUUAAUGCGUUCCUAUGGUCAAAAAAAGUCCAAUCAAAGCCAAAUUUGGUACAACAAUAGUUUAUUAACUGCUCUUUAAAGUCACACAUACUUUAAAGAGCAUAUCAAAAAUUGAAGGAACAAUAAAUUAAGUUUCUAAACAUGACAGGAAAACAUUUAAAAAUCAAAAAGGGUACAUUACAUUUUCUAAGACUCUGGGGACCACUCGAAGAAGGUUCCUCUUCCACUCUUUGCUUCUUGCUGAGGAACCUGUCCAUGGUCUGCUGCUUCAUCCGCCUUUUCAGCAGCUCCCUGAGAGGCAACAUGACCGUCGUAUCAAAAGUGUUCGCUUGGUCAUGUGCCACGUGCUUGAUAGGGUGGUGCCGCUCUGCAAAAGCCUGCACCUCCUUCCACUUCUGGCAAAUGUCCCUCAGUUCUUUGGAGGACGGCUGUUCCUCAGUUGCUUCCUCCUCUUCCAGCGAGGCCUGCUCCUGCGCAACCUCUGACUGCAGUUCAACCAGCUCCUGGGUGGUCAGCUCGUGGUCGUGCUCCUCCACCAGCUCGCAGACGUCCUCCUCUGUGACCUCCAGGCCCAUGGUCCUCCCCAAGGCAACAAUGUCCUGCACCACUGUUGACUCUGGUGCAUCAGAGUCACUUGGUGCCACACAGUCCGGCCACAGGCUGCGCCAAGCACAAUUCAAAUUUCUCUGGCUGAUCCCGUUCCAGGCCGUGGUGAUCAUCUUCAAGCAGGUGACGAUGUCGAAGUGGUCCUUCCAGAAUUCCCGCAGGGUGAUGGUGGUGCAAUCAGUCACCUCGAAGCAUCGCCUGAAAAGCUCCUUGGUGUAGAGUUUCUUGAAAUUGGCGAUGACCUGCUGAUCCAUCGGCUGGAGCAGUGGCGUGGUGUUAGGCGGCAGGAACAUGAUGUUGAUGAAGCUGAACUCCUCCAACAAGUCCACCUCAAGGCCUUUAGGAUGAGCAGGAGCAUUGUCCAUCAGAAGCAAAGCCUUCAGCGGCAGGUCGUUGUCCAGCAGGUACUGUUUGACAGCAGGGCCAAAAGCAAGAUUGACCCAGUCCACAAACAGCACACGUGUGACCCAAGCCUUGCUGUUGGAUCGCCACAUGACACUCAGCCGCUCCUUGUCGACCUUGUGUUUCUUGAAGGCCCGUGGGUUCUCUGAGUGGUACACCAGCAGGGGCUUGAUCUUCAGGUCGCCGCUUGCGUUGGCACAGAAGAGCAGGGGCAGACGGUCCUUCAUGGGCUUGUGGCCAGGCAACUUGGCCUCCACCUGUGUGAGGAAAGUCCUUUUGGGCAUCCUCUUCCAAAACAGCCCGGUCUCGUCGCAGUUGAAGACCUGCUGUGGAACGUAGCCCUCCGUCUUCACAACCUCCAGGAACUCCAAGGCAAAGUCUUCAGCCGCAGGAACAUCAGAACUGGCAGCCUCUCCAUGCCUGACCACGCUGUGGAUUCCAGAUCUUGCCUUGAACCGGUCAAACCAGCCUCUGCUUGCCUUGAAGACUUCUGGCUCGCCUGAGGUUCCUGGCUGUUCCCGGAUGAGGUCUGCGUGCAAGGCCUUGGCCUUCUCACAAAUGACGGCCUCAGUCACUGUGUCCCCUGCACGCUGCUUCUCUUCUAACCAGAUGAGCAGCAACUUCUCGACCUCCUCCAGAACAGCUGGGCGGUUCUUCACGAUCCUGGUGACUCCCUUGGCUGCAUCAGUCGCAAGGAUCUUCUCCUCAUCUUCAGGAUGGUCCCGAUGGUCGAUGGGUUCCUGCCGUACUCCCUGGCGAGGUCCGUCACACGCAUUCCACCGUCAUGCUUCCGGAUGAUCUCCUUCUUCAUUUCCAGCGUCACCUUCUCCUUCUUCCUCUCGCCGGCCUCCGCAGCAGCAGCAGUCUUCUUGGGUCCCAUGGCAGCACAGCUGUUACCUUCGUAAACUCAGAAAAAGAAAAAGAAAAAUUCAAACCCAGAACCAAGUCCUUGAAUUCCAAACACCCAACCCAAAAUCCAAAACCCCCCAAAAAAGUUUUAAAAGUUUAACUUACGAAAUGGCUGCAAAUCACCAAAGUCUUCAAAAUCCUCAAAUGGCUGCAAAAGAAGUUUUGGGAAAGCUUUAAAAAUCACCAAAGUCUUCAAAAACCUCAACUGUUCCCCCAGCCCCUCCCCAACUGUUGCAAACCCCUCCUCAACUGUUCCCCCAUCCACCCAGCACACAGAAAUUUAAAACCCAGAAAUUUUUUCCAAAAAAAACCAACAUGGCCCAAUGGUCACAGAAAACCAUAAAAAUUCAAAAAAAACCCCACACAAGCUCCCAGAUUCUUGCAAACCCCUCCCCAGCUGUUCCCCCAGCCACCCAGCACACAGAAAUUCAAAACCCAGAAAUUUUUUCCAAAAAAAACAACAUGGCCCAAUGGUCACAGAAAACCAUAAAAAUUCAAAAAAAAAACCACACAAGCUCCCAGAUUCUUGCAAACCCCUCCCCAGCUGUUCCCCCAGCCACCCAGCACACAGAAAUUCAAAACCCAGAAUUUUUUUUCAAAAAAACAACAUGGCCCAAUGGUCACAGAAAACCAUAAAAAUUCAAAAAAACCCACACAAGCUCCCAGAUUCUUGCAUACCCCUCCCCAGCUGUUCCCCCAGCCACCCAGCACACAGAAAUUCAAAACCCAGAAUUUUUUUCCAAAAAAAAACCAACAUGGCCCAAUGGUCCCCGAAAACCAUAAAAAUUCCAAAAAAAACCACACAAGCUCCCAGAUUCUUGCAAACCCCUCCCCAGCUGUUCCCCCAUCCACCCAGCACACAGAAACUCAAAACCCAGAAAAUUUUUUCAAAAAAAACCAACAUGGCCCAAUGGUCACAGAAAAUCAUUAAAAUGCAGAAAAAACCACACAAGCUCCCAGAUUCUUGCAAACCCCUCCUCAACUGUUCCCCCAUCCACCCAGCACACAGAAAUUCAAACCCAGAUUUUUUUUUCAAAAAAAAAAAAAGGCCCAAUGGUCACAGAAAAUCAUAAAAAUGCAGAAAAAACCACACAAGCUCCCAGAUUCUUGCAAACCUCUCCCCAACACCAAGUCCUUGAAUUCUAAACACCCCAACCCAAAAUUCAAAAAACCCAAAAAAGUUUUAAAAGUUUAACUUACCAAACAGCUGCAAAGGAAGUUUUGGAAAAGCUUCAAAAAUUCAGCAAACUCUUUAAAAAGCUCAAAAAGGCCACCACACCGCGUGCAAUGUGUUGCUCCUCGAAGUCAAGUCGCAACUGCACCUCUUCCAGCAAUGCACCCUGGGUAUUAACGGUUUUACGAAAAAGGAAACAAACUUGCAAGAUGUUUUUGUCUUGCGAAGCAAGCCCAUAGGGAAAUUCGUCUUGCGAAGCAACUCGAAAACGAAAAAACCUUUCGUCUUGCGAGUUUUUCGUCUUGCGAGGCGUUCGUCUUGCGGGGCACCACUGUAGUUCCAUCAAAGGUAGAAUGGCAAAAGUAUGUGGUAUGUGAGUUCAUAGAAUUGGUUAAAGUGACAGCAGCUAUUAGACAACAAUCAAACCAGAAACUUAGAAAAGAAUGGGAAAGUGUAGAAUAUAUGAUAAAACAUUGUUCCAAAGUAAAACCUCUGAUAUGUAUUGAUUAAGUUUCACAAAGCUAAAAUUCAGAUAGGAAAGCUAUUUAUUUUAUGUAAGAGUGAAAACAUGGUUUACAACACAAUAGAAAAUGACAUGUAAGUAGAGGAUGCUGUAGUGAGGUGGUGGGAAGCCAUGGGUGUAGUAAAGUUAAUAAAGAUGUAACAGACUAUAUAUUGGAUGCAAGCAAAAUGUGUAAUUGUUUAUUGGAAAAAAAACCCUCAAUAAAGAUCAAUUAAAAAGAAAGAACGAAAGCCAAGAUUGUAUCUCAUGGUAGUCCUACUCAGAGUAGACCCAUUGAAAUUUAUGACAGGACUAAUUGAAAGGCAGUGUACUGUGGUGGCUGGGACUAAGGAGAUCCAGGUUCAAAUUCAGCCAUGAAGCUCCCUGGGUUAACUUGGGCCACUUGUGGUCUCUUGUCCUAAGUUGCCUCACAAGUGGUGUUGUGCAAAUAAAAUGGGGCUGGGUGGGUGGGAGAAAACCACGAACAUUUUGGAGGUAGGACGAUAUCAACCUGAAUGCAAAUAAAAUAAGCAACCGUUUCCUGGGCAGUGUUUCUUCUGGACAUGCCUGUAUCUUGGAUCAUCUAUAGCCAGCUAUGUCAGGUGAUGCUCUUUACAUUCCUUCCUUUCCCCCAAUUUUGUCACCCAGAGCAACUGGAAGGCACCAGAGUAGCUUAAUUGUUUAGUAACGAUGUACUGAAGAAAAAAAGUUAGGUGGAAUAAAAACAAAGCCAAGGAAAUCCUUGAAAAGGGAGUGAAGAAGCUAUGUUGCAGAUAAUGGAACAUUUGAAGAUAACAGGAGCUGGAAAGGCAGCCAAUCAUGCUUCGUUGCGUCUUUUUCGUUGAGGCUGCUCACAUUGCAGGAUACGUAAUUGCAGUUGAUUCAUUACCUCAGUAUUAUUAACCUCCAGUAAGGGAACCUAACAUUUCUCAAGAGUUUUCUGUGGAGAAGGCAGGGUACUGGAGCACCGGUGAGCGUUGGCAAGAUUCGAGACUUGGAACGGGGAACUAGGCUGGCCGCAACCAAGGUAGAGAGAUGCAGUUAAAAUCUCAAAGGCAGGAGUCCUCAAACUUUUUAAACGUUCCAUUUUAGCCAGGCUUUUGGCUGAUUGUUUGACAUCUUAUGCCCUUUUUAAAUGUGGUUCUUUUUUUGUGGGGGGCGGGGAGAUGUUAUUGGGUUGUUGUUUUUAUUUUGAUUAUAUAUAUAUGGUGCUUUGGGAUUUAGAUUUUGUUCUGUGAACUGCCCUGAGACCUCAGAGUACAGGGCGGUAUAUAAAGUCUAAUAAUAAUAAUAACAACUCAGUGGCAUUCAUUUUGUGAAGAAACUAAAGUGUAGAACGAUUAUAAUACGCAGUAAGAAUUGGAACUUUGGGGAAACCAUGGAGGGGAAGUCCUAGGUUGAUUGAUUGAAUGUUAAAUGUUCAACUAAUAUUUAUUACUUACAAUAAAUAAUGAGGGGGGGACUGUAGCUUUAUGAGAGAGGGAUGGAGGUUGUUGGGCUUGUUGGGGAGAUGCGUGUUUGCAGAAUAGCAUUGAGCGGUUCUCCUGUUUGUUGCUGAUUGAGGUGUCGGAAGUGAUCCACCUGGGGGCUGGUUUCCCAUGUUUGCAUGCUCCACUCUUCAAAAAGGUUUCCUGCAGGUUGAUCACUGGCAUAUCGGGAAGACAUUGCUAGACUGUGUAAGCCUUUUUCUUGGUAUUACCAAUUUCUGAAUUGGGUUGUUGUGUGUUUUUUCUCAAAAAACUUUUUGCGGAAGUUUUUGUGUUACAAAACAAAUAGCUCAACAGUGAAUGGUACAUCUGUUGUCUCCACUUUCAUUUCAUAGUCUUUUUCACUGUUUGUUUACAGUUGGUGCGAGAGACCUUUGUCAUAGACAUCUUUCAGUUGGGGAAGAGAUGGGGGUAUUGUUCUGUUGCCUUUUAUUUGUGUAGGGGUUUGUGUCAGCAUCAUGUGGGUAGUUCCUUUGUUUAUGUAUGUAUUUAUUUAUUUAUUUUUAUUGAUAAUGCAAGAGAUUAAGGGGUUGAGCUUGGUUGGUUGCAUUCAGGUGAUUGCAGUGUGGCUUGUUUGUAUGUGUGGGUGGAGGGGUGGGUGGGGGGUAGGUUGUUGGGUCAGGUUAGCCAUAUUGAGUUGUUUGCUGUUGGGGGACUAAUGUAGGGGUUUUAUGAUUACUGUAUUUGUGGGUUUGGGGAUACGAAAUAACAGUCAUGUGAAACACACACCACCCCUUUGCAGCCUGACUUAGUACAGUGUGUGUUGCUUCUCAGGCUUGGGCUGCCAUUCGCCCGGAUUUUCCUGGACAUGACUGGGAUUUAAAAGGCGGAAUUGAUGGGCAAAGGAUUUCGGACAUAAUAUUCAGAUGGCUGAUUGGGAAAGGUUAUGCAAAACAGACUUGAAAUUCGUGGCAUGUUGCACGCUGAAAGAAAAUUAUAUGAAAAUGAUGUUCUGGUGGUAUCUGACUCCUAGUAAGUUAGCAAAAAUGUAUAGAACAAGUACAAAUCAAAUACCUGCUAGAAAUGUAAAGAAAAAGUAGGUACCUUUUAUCAUAUGUGCUGGACGUGUAAGGUAAUAAAAGUUUUCUGGGAGAUGAUAUAUGAUGAAAUGAAAAAAAAAAUGUUUAAAAGAACGUUUGAUAAAAAAACCAAAAGCUUUCUUAUUAGAAAUCAUAGGUACAGUACUGACAUCACAAAGGAGCAGAAAAGACUCUUUAUGUACAGAACACACCCGCUUGGGUGUUACUAGCUUAAAGGUGGAAGGAAGACAAAGUCUCUAUCAGAGAGGAAUAGUAAGCUAAGCAGAUGGACAAUCCUGAAAUGGCAAAGCUGACUGUAAAAUUCAGGAACCAAGAGGGAAAAAACUUUUUUUAAAAGAAUGAGGAAAAUUUAUAACAUAUCUAAGAGACCACUGCAAGCAGAUGGAAACAUUAGCAGGAUUUUAAUCUCACUUGUAAAGUAACAGAUACCAUGGAUAAUUUGGAUUGACAUAAAAUAAAGACUAUGGAAUAAUAGGCAGUUGUAAAUGUUGAUAAUAGGACCCAUGGAGGGGGUGGGGGGAAGUCACGAGAUUCAGAGUAAUCUCUACAUAUGGAUAUUCAUUUGGAAUGUUAUAAUUUUAUAUUUGUAAAAUCAAAUAAAAAUAGUUUCAAAAAUAUAUAUAACAAAGGCGGAAUUGACACCCAGGGGGAAUUUCCAAAAGGCGGCACUUUGUCCUGGAUCUUAGGCAAGUAAGUCCAUCAAAAAAUUUUGUGGUUUUUUUGGCAUUUUUGUAAACGGUGGUUUUCUUAAGAAAGACUCAACAUUUUGGGUGUCUUCCUUAAAAAAUCUCAACAACUUUCAGGGUGUCCUGGUUUUUCCAGAGGCGAUGCACUUUAACUGGAAUAGUGCCGUGCCAUCAGUCUUGAGACUGUCUCUCCCUAGAUUUUAACUUUCUCUGCCUUUUGCCUUCCUGACAGUGACCAUGCCAGAUACACAGGAAUCCGACCAAUUCCACCCAGUGGAAGCUAGCACAGUAUCUGCUCCAGGCCUUCCCAUAUAUUACCCGAAUCUUCCAUUUGGGGCGUCUAUGCAACGGCCAGCCUAUGGAAGGUAGGCAGAAUGAGCUGGAACUGGUAGAACUGGUGUUAAGAAGGAAUAAUUGUAUGUUCUCAGUAGGCUUAGAAUGCUUGCAGAAUUUCUAAAAAUUCUGGUAGGAAGUAGCAGUAGCUCUUCCUCCUCACCUCCCCCACCCUUUCAUUGUUGUAGCUGCAGGGGGUGAAGUGACAGCUUUGUUUUAAUUAUAUGUGCUAGCCUUUAUGAGGCCUGGUUCUCUGUGUUUAAUGGGCCAUCAGACUUGCAAAGCAGGGAGAGCUUCAUAUGCUCUCCUGAUGCCAGGGCUUAGGCUUAAGCAGGUGUUAGAGGGGAGCCUGUUGUGGUGCCAGAGGGUCAGAGCCAAAGGACACAUUGAAGCACACCAGAGCCAAGAGCAAUUGUUGUUGCUUAGGCAAAGCCCCUAACCCAAAGAGGGAGCCGUUUUCUAGCCCAUCCUGUCCGGGAAGAGCCAAUGGCCAGCUAGGGUGUGCAGUGCCAUUCCAGAGCCUCUGUUGUACUUUGUCACAGUUCAGUAUCCUUCCGGGCAAAUGAGAGAUCUGGAGACUCAACACAUGGCCACGGGCACAGAGCUGUGGGUUCCCAGUUCAUGGCAGUUAUUUCUGUCCUUGCUUCCUGAAAGCAGUAGAAGCCAUGCAGUGAUUGGCCACCUUGUUUGUUGUCUGAAAGAACUGAAUCUGUAUUCUGAUGUCUUCUUCCCCCACCCCCCUUACCUGCAGGUAUAAUCUUUGGGAAAUGAUCCAGCAGAUUCGUUUUUUGGGCCCCCAAAUGCCCCGGGUGCCUGAUCGUCAAAUACGUAGACCACGAAUGAGAGGCGGAAUGAUAAGACAGCAGAUGCCUUUGAUGGGACAGCCCCAAGUAAUGCAAGGUGGAGUGAUGGGAGAGCCACAAGCGCCCUUGAUCAAUUUCCAAGGUGAGAGGUUUCAGGUUUAAAUGAGAAAGGACACUGAUUUAAGUGGUAUAAAUCACAGCACAAUAAAUUAAAAUGGAAAGAUAUCCACAAGAAAAAGGAUAACUCUUAUUCCUAUUGUUAUCUGUUGCAAUGUCUUAGCAAAGCAGCAAAUUCUCUGGAAGUCAAAUGAUAUAGUCACCUUAAAAGCUAUAACAUGGGACAGGAUGGAAGCAUUCUUGUUAAUAAUUGGAUCUAAAAGAAAUAGAUACCUGUUCAGAAGUGCCAAAUUAUAAAGUCUUGACAAAUAAGAGACAUAAUUUAAAAUGACAAUUCUGAUUGAGUUGCCUCUUGGAGAUGAGGCCUUGUGAGAUCUUAGGCAAUGAUUAUUAUGUUCCUUAAACAUGAUGCAAUGGGGGGGGGCGUGGACCCUAUGGGAGGACAAAGGGAUCCAAACCAUUCCCUCUGUGCCCUUGGCUCAGUCCCUGUCACCUUACUUUGGCAGUUGAGGCUGCCCUCACAAUCAGACCACAUAUUGUGCUUCCAGGGGUGUGCGAGGCAAUGCGUCUCUGCACUCUGACACAUAUUGCCUUGAGCCCCCUUCUGUCUGAAACACAUAAAGCUUCAUUCAAAGCUUCUCUAUGCAUGUAUUAGGCACUGGCAUGGGUUCCUUGCAUGGUCAUGGGCAAGUAACUCCCACUUUUGCUUCUCCAUCUAUCAAAUGUGCUGCUUUUGUAAGUGUGAUGGUCUUUAAUGCAGGUAGAGGAGGAAGGGAGCCCCCUAGAGGUACACAGCGCAGAGGCAUGGGACGUCGAGGCAUGGGACAUCAAGGCAUGGGACGUCAAGACAUGGAACGUCAAGGCAUGGGACGUCAAGGCAUGGGACGUCAAGGCAUGGGAUGUCGAGGCAUGGGACGUCGAGGCAUGGGACGUCAAGGCAUGGGACGUCAAGACAUGGGACGUCGAGGCAUGGGACGUCAAGGCAUGGGACGUCAAGGCAUGGGACGUCGAGGCAUGGGACGUCAAGGCAUGGGACGUCAAGGCAUGGAAGCUCCAGGGAUAGCACCUAGAGGCAUGGCGCCUCCUCAGGGCAUCGAACCCCAGAGAAGGAGGGAACCCAAGCGCAAGAAGUCCCAAGACAAGAAAAAUCAAGGUGUGGAGCCCAGAGAGAGGGAAGAGGAAGAUAUGGAGCCCCCUAGAGGCGUGAAGCGCAGACGCAGGAGAUCUCAAGAAAGAGAACCCCCAAGUAAUAGUGCCUGAAGGCAUGGAGCCUCCUAACGGCAUCUAACGCCCCAGAGGCAGCAAAGCCAGGUGCAAGAAUACCCGAGGCAAGAAAAAUUAAGGCAUGGAGCUCACGAUUUAGGUGUUUCUCAACAGCAGAUCAGUGUGAUGGGAGCCUAAUCCAUCUUGUUAAUAGAAUGCUCUGUUCUUUCGUUCUGAAAAAUGUCUAACCAAAUGUCAUGUUGAAGACAGCAUAGAAAGUGGCUUCUACACCCAUCCUAUGUCUGAACCAGAGCAGUACUGAGGGGAAGAGGGCUCAUUUCCUCUUUUUCCUCCCCUUGUUUAUCUUACUUCUCCUGUCAUUUUGUUUACUUCCUUGAGUUUCAAUUAAAAGUUGGGUUUAGCAAAACCGUGUGGCUUGUUGUACAUCUGUAUUGCACUUGCUCCCCCAGUCACCUCAUCCUCCCUUGUAGAUCAAAGCUUAGCUUACGUUCCCAUGAAGUCGUUCCCAC